GGGCGCGCACGCUCUGGCCGCGGUCGGGAGUGUCGCUGAUCCGGCGCCAUGGAGCCGCCCGGCGCGGCCUGUGGGCUUGUGGUCUCCGCCGGGUCCGGGCGGCAGCGGGCGGCGCUUCCCUUGGCGGCGGCGCAAAGCGUGGCGGGUGCAGAGCUGCGGGCUGGGCGGCGGGAGCCCUGCGUGCUCAGCCUGGCCCGGCGCGGCGGCCGCUACGGGAUAGUUAUCCAUUCACAGGAGAAAGAAAACUCUGAUCCGGAUUACAUUCCUAUCAACAGCCGCUUUAAAUGCGUACAAGAGGCAGAAGAGACUCUACUGAUUGACAUAGCUACAAACACAGGCUGUAAGGUCCGGAUACAAGGUGACCAGACAGCGGAGCGGCUCUUCGAAAUCCCUGAUGAGGAGCACUGCUUAGGAUUCCUUUCGGAAGUGCAGAGCAUACAGGAAGCCCACCUGAAAGCUUCUCUUCCCAAAAAGGACUCAGCUGGCUGGCAUCAGGUGGAGAAGAACCUCCCAGGUCUACCACAGGCCUCUUCUUCAGGUCCUCUGGAGUUUGAGGAUGACUUCAAUGCUUUAAGUCUAGAAGAGAAAAGAAACAUGCAAAACCACCAAAUAGGAUCUCGCCGGGAACCUCCACCUCCUCCUGUGCCUCCAAACAGGCAAUUUCACCGAGAGAGAGAAGGCACAUCAAGAGACCAGCCAAAAGUGACUAACACUAUGCGCAAAAUGUUUUUGCCCAGCACUCAGUCGGGGCAAAGAGAAGGUCUCAUCAAACACUUGCUUGCCAAGAGAGAGAAGGCAUACGUCAACCUUGAAAACUUCAGAUUUUUUGUGGGAACGUGGAAUGUGAACGGGCAGUCUCCAGACAGCAGCUUGGAGCCCUGGCUGGUGUGUGACACAGAGCCUCCAGAUUUCUACUGCAUCGGGUUCCAGGAGCUGGACCUCAGCACAGAGGCCUUUUUCUAUUUGGAUUCUGUAAAAGAGCAAGAGUGGCUGGCUGCUGUGGAGAAGUCCCUGCACCCAAAAGCUAAGUAUAAGAAAGUGCAAAUGGUCCGUCUAGUUGGGAUGAUGUUGCUCAUAUUUGCUAAGAAGGAUCAGCUAAGCAAUAUCAGAGACAUCAUGAUGGAGUCUGUGGGCACAGGAAUCAUGGGAAAGAUGGGCAACAAGGGCGGCGUGGCAGUGAGGUUUGUGUUCCACAACACGACCUUCUGCAUUGUCAAUUCGCACCUCGCUGCUCAUGUGGAGGACUUCGAGCGGCGAAAUCAGGAUUAUAAGGAUAUCUGUGCUCGAAUGAGUUUCGUAACCCCCGAUGACAGUCUACCUCAGCUCAACAUAAUGAAACACGAUGUUGUCAUCUGGCUAGGGGACUUGAACUACAGGCUUUGUCUCCCAGAUGCCAGUGAAGUGAAAAGUCUUAUCAGUAAGAACGAGCUUCAGAAGCUGCUGACAUACGACCAGCUGAAUAUUCAGCGCACUCAAAAGAAAGCAUUUGCAGAUUUCACUGAGGGAGAGAUUAAAUUCAUCCCCACAUAUAAAUAUGACUCUAAAACAGAUCGCUGGGACUCCAGUGGAAAGUGUCGUGUGCCAGCGUGGUGUGAUAGAAUCCUUUGGAGAGGAGGGAAUGUAAAUCAGCUACGGUACUGCAGUCAUAUGGACCUGAAGACUAGUGACCACAAGCCAGUCAGCGCCCUUUUCCGCAUCGGGGUAAAGGUUGUGGAUGAGCAGAAGUAUCGGAAGUUGUUUGAAGACAUUGUUCGUUUAAUGGACAGAAUGGAGAACGACUUUCUUCCUUCGCUGGAGCUAAGCAGGAGAGAAUUUGAGUUUGAGAAUGUGAAGUUCCGUCAGCUGCAGAAGCAGAAGUUCCAGAUCACCAAUAACGGGCAGGUCACCUGUCACUUCUCCUUCAUCCCAAAGCUCAACGAUAUCCACUACUGUAAGCCAUGGCUUCGGGCUGAGCCUUGUGAAGGCUACUUGGAGCCAGAUGAGAGCACGGACAUCUCCCUGGAUGUGUACGUCAGUAAGGACUCGGUAACCCUUCUGAACUCUGGCGAGGAUAGCAUUGAGGACAUUCUUGUCCUUCACUUGGACCGGGGGAAGGACUAUUUCCUUACCAUCAGUGGGACCUACCUGCCCAGCUGCUUUGGCACCUCCCUGGAGGCUUUAUGCCGAAUGAGACGACCGAUCCGAGAAGUUCCGGUCACCAAACUCAUUGACCUGGGAGAAGACAGCUUCCUAGAAAAGGAAAAAUCCGUUCUGCAGAUGUGUUCGCUGGAAGGUGAAGAGGCAAGCGGGAUGCCGCUGCAGGUGCCAAAGGAGAUCUGGCUCUUGGUGGACCACUUGUUCAAGCAUGCCUGUCACCAGGAGGACCUGUUCCAGACUCCAGGCAUGCAAGAAGAGUUGGAGCAGAUCAUUGACUGCCUGGAUACCAGUAUCCCUGAGACAAUCCCGGGCAGCAACCACUCUGUGGCUGAAGCACUCCUCAUCUUCCUGGAAGCUCUGCCAGAGCCGGUGAUCUGCUACGAGCUGUAUCAGCGGUGCCUGGACUGGUCGCACAGCAGCCGGCUGUGCCGACAGGUGAUUUUUCAGCUGCCUCGUUGCCAUCGCAGCGUGUUUCGGUACCUAAUGUCAUUCCUCCGAGAGCUGCUCAAAUACUCGGAAGACAACAACGUCACUGUUGCCAUGAUUGCCGCCUUGUUCUCCAGCCUCAUCCUGCGCCCUCCACCCAAUCUGAUGGCAAAGCAGACUCAGCAGGACCGCCAGCGUGCCAUCAACUUCCUCUACAGCUUCCUGCUUGCUGGGGAUGAUGAGUGACUCCUGCCUGCGUGCCAAAGCUGAGGCCCGUACUGACAGCCUUGCGCUGAGGCUGGGCCUCUGACAGCUCCAGAAGGGUAACGAGCUCUAAGCUGCUCCAAGUGCCGUGUUUACAGUAGGCAGGGAUGUGUUCCCCUCUCCUUCCCGCCUCUGUACCCUACGCUGCAGAGGACCUGUGCGCUCAUUGCACUGCCAUCCACCACAGGAGCCUCCUGCUUUCUCCCUGGGAGCCAGGUGGAUCUGUUGAUAGCCAAGCACUGUGCCAGCGGCCCGAUUGUCCCGUGGCAGUGUCACCAGUUCCCCGAGUCAUGCUUCUCUCUCUCUCCUCAUCACCCCCAUCUUCCUGGAGCCACUGUGGGGAAGGGUGGAGACUGCCAGUGCUCUGAGGGCCAUGGCACGGCUGCCUGGUGCCCAGCCUGCAUGCUCCGGUGGGAGGCAUGUGUGGGUACUGACUGUGAGAGCCCCGUGCUCUGCCCUGGGCUUGUGGGGAGCACAUGUCGCCAUCUGCCCCGCAGCAGGCCUGGCCAAACCCCAUGGCCUGUCACUGUGCUGUAAAUGCUGGACCAUGGCUGUCCCAGGAGCAACACCAGGACACUUGGUCCCUUCCCUUCAAACAGGUCUCUCUGUACUCCCAGCCUCUGCCGCUGUCACUUGGGCCUCUCCUCUCUCCCCUUCCCCUGUGCCUCCAUGUCCUGCUGGGACACAGGAGGUGAUGGGUGACUCGGAGGGGCAGCGAGCUGCACUCUGCCUCUCCAGGGCUGUCCCUGGCAUGGUACAGAGCAGGAGGCAGCUCCUGUCCCUCGCGGCCCUGCUUGCAGGACUGUAGGGGUAGGACCAAGGCGGUGUUGGAUGCUGUCCUUCCCCUUCUCCCUGAGGUCCUACCAGAGGGUGCAGCCUUUGAGGAGGUGGGAAGAGCCAGAAAUCUCUCACAAGGCCCAGAGGAGCAGCUGGGGGGGAGGUGUGGGAGAAACUGUAGUACCAGGAUCACACAGAGCUUGGGAGGGGGCACCCCUGGGUGCUGGAGGGAGGCCACGCUCCCUGAAACACUAAGCAGAGUCCUGCCUGCUCAGGCCAGGGGCUGCGUGGGGCUGAGGGAGGCUGCUGCCAGACACGGGGGAAGCCUGUGAUCCUGGAGCCCCCACCCAUGCCUGUCCUCAACCCAUGGCUGUCCCUGUGGCUCCAAAGUCCCCAUGUGCUGGUGGAGCUGCUGGGAGCUCCCCUACCUUGUGGCUCUUGUUCUUUUUGUUACAAAUUUUUAAAUUACAUAAUUUAUUGGGAAACUGUUACAAA